AUGGAUCAUACUUCCAAGCAAAAACUGUUCCAGUUUGUUAUUGAAGAGGAUUUCGACAAUGUUCAUAGUUUGUUAAAUAGCGUUUCAAAGUUCGCUAGUGAUAUAAAAGAAGAUUUGAAUACACCAAUUUGGCUUGCAUCUGGCAAUGGGCAUGUGGAUGUCGUGGAGUAUUUAGCUAAAAAAGGCGCUGAUGUUAAUGGAAAAAACGCUUUCGGGCAAACUCCAUUCUGGGUUGCAUGUUUUAAUGGACAUAAGGAAGUUGUGGAAUGCUUACUUGAAGAAGGCGCCGACAUCAGUGUGAAAGAUGAACUUGAGAUAACACCUUUAUGGAUUGCCACCUACAAUGGUCAUAAUGCAGUUGUAAAGUACCUCACCAGCAACAAAGUCGAUAUCAGUUCAGAAGACAUUUUUUGGGAAAUACCGGUAAUGUUCGGUUGGCAGCAGGGAAAACUUAUAACUGGAAAGCACCAUAUCCGACGUGAAGUCGACGUCAGUGCAGAGGGUCAUUUUGUGGGAUCUGUAUUAUCAAUGGCAUCAGCAAGAGGAGACUUUGAACUGGUCAGAUAUUUGGUAGAUAAUGGUGCAAACGUUAAUCCACGAAUAACCUAUAAAAAUUCAGUGGCAAAUUAUGUAAUUGAAUUUGACCGAUUCAUCAAAAUUGUGAAACUGCUGGUAGUUAAACAGAGCGAGGCUGAUGUUGAAAAUGAGUGGCAGAUAACGGACAAAAUUAGCACUGACGACUCAGAAAACUACAACAAAAUCUCUCUUAUGAAACGGAAAGCGCAGCUGUUUUUGGACUGUUUAGCCAGAAUUGAAAACAGUUGUCGUCGUUACAGAAAUUUUGCGAAUAAUCAGGGUUUUUUAAUGGAACGGCCUCUAAUUCUGGCAGCCAGAAACGGGCAUUUGGAAAUUGUAAGAUACCUAAUUAAGUAUGGAAAAGCCGACGUCAAUGUACCUGGUGUACAUCUGCGAACAGCUUUGUGGUCAGCCUGCAAAAGUGGCUACCUCGAUAUUGUGAAAUAUUUAAUUGAGAACGGUGCUGACGUCACUGAAGAUUUGAUAUCUUCUCUGCUGGUUGCUUGCAAAAACAGGCGUGUGGAGGUCGUAGAGUAUUUGACUGAAAAAUUUUCUUGCGAAAUCUGUAAAGGCGGAAUUCAGGAACUACUAGUGCAUAGAGCGGUUUUUAAAAGAUACGAUACUGAAAUCAUAAACUGUCUAUUGGACAUUAAAAUAACCAACAAUGAAGGAGCCAAAGUUAAAGGCCGUUCAGCACUAAGGGCCGCAGCAGAAAAAGGGGACAUUGAAACUGUGCGAACACUUGUCGACAAUGGUGUUGAUGUUCCACCGGAAGAAACGUUUGCGAACGGUUCGAUAUGGCUAGCGGCUAAGAAUGGGCACCUGACAGUCGUGAAGUAUUUGGUGGGAGAAGUGAUUGAAAAGAAUAGGAACAAAAUAAAUUUGCAAAUCCCAGCAUGGAUUGCAACUUCCUCAGGACGUCUCGAAGUAUUAAAAUAUUUGAUAGAAAAAGAAAAUGAAAUUUAUGGGCGAGAUUUAGAUUUGACCGUAGCGAAGAAAUUUGGGAGCAAUUUUUUUAAAUUUCUAUUGUUAUUUGUUUAUUUGAUGAAAAUAAUUUUUGUGUCAUUUUGGACAAUUCUUAAAUCGGCAGCGCCAUCAAACGGUGAAGUAUUGGAAUAUUUGGAAAAAGAAAUUCGGGCUUUAUCAACUAAUAAUAUCAAACCUCAUGUUAAUGAUGGAUAUGAAUCCGACUCAGAAGAAACAGAUUUAUUGCAAAAGAAGUCUGACGGUGAUGUAGAGUAA